UCGAUUUUCUCUCUCUAGAUUCUCGCACUUUCUCUCUCUAGACCGAAAAAAUCUCACUAUUUCGGUGGUUCUGAGUUCCAAUUAGGCUGAUUAAUCGGGGCAGAAUCGGAAUCGAAUUGCGGUGGGGAAGGGCAUUAGGGUUUCUUCUGUUUUGUUCGUGCGGAGAGAAAUGAUUUGGGAUCGAUCUAGGGUUUUGUGGGAAUUGGUGAAGAAAUUGAGAGAGGAUUAGGGGAAUCGGUGGGCGUGUGGAGCAGAGGGUUGGGAAUUGAUGGUUCUCGUGGAAGGGAUUAAAGAUGGUGGGAUCGAAGGAGGGAUAGGGAUUGGGGAAAAUGCAAGGCUAUGCAUGGGAUUGGGCGGGCUUCUGAGGAGAGCAAACAGAGUCAGCACAUGUGGACAGUCCCCACGCGUGCGAUCGUAGCCGCCUCAGCCGAUGGUUCUUCCUCGUCUUCAGCUUAUUCGUUCUGCAAGGAUGGACGCAAGAUCAGUGUUGGUGACUGUGCUCUUUUCAAACCCCCUCAGGAUUCCCCACCUUUCAUUGGAAUAAUUCGUUGGUUGGCUGUGAGUAAAGAGGAUAAGUUAAAGGUAGGUGUUAACUGGCUUUAUCGUCCUGCUGAAGUAAAGCUUGGCAAAGGCGUCCUGUUGGAAGCUGAGCCAAACGAAAUCUUCUAUUCCUUUCAUAAGGAUGAGAUUCCUGCUGCAUCGUUACUUCAUCCGUGUAAAGUUGCAUUCCUUCCUAAAGGUGUUGAGCUUCCAUCAGGGAUUUCGUCAUUUGUGUGUCGGCAGGUUUAUGAUGUUACAAACAAGUGUUUAUGGUGGCUAACUGAUCAAGAUUAUAUUAAUGAGCAUCAGGAAGAAGUAGAUAAGCUGUUAGAUAAGACGCGAAUUGAAAUGCAUGCAACAUUGCAGCCAGGUGGCCGAUCUCCAAAGCCAAUGAGUGGUCCAACAUCAACAUCACAGUUAAAAGCUGGUUCAGACAGUGUUCAAAAUAGUGCCUCGCCCAUUCCUUCUCAAGUCAAGGGGAAGAAAAGGGAGCGCGGAGAUCAGGGCUCUGAGCCUGUCAAACGAGAGCGUACUACAAAAUUAGAUGAUGGGGAUUCUGCUCACAGUAGACUGGAAAGCAAUUUAAAAUCUGAAGCUGCCAAAAUUACAGAGAAAGGAGGAGGCCUUAUAGACUCUGAAGGGGUUGAGAAACUGGUGCAGCUCAUGCUGGCUGACAGAAAUGAGAAAAAAAUAGAUUUGGCAGGGCGGUCAACGCUUGUUGGUGUUAUUGCAUCCACAGAUAAGUUCGAUUGCCUUAGCCGGUUUGUGCACCUCAGGGGUUUGUCUGUAUUAGAUGAAUGGCUCCAAGAGGUGCACAGGGGAAAGAUUGGCGAUGUUAGUGUCACCAAGGAUGGUGAUAAAUCUGUUGAGGAGUUUCUUUUGCUUUUACUUCGUGCACUUGAUAAGCUCCCUGUAAAUCUUAAUGCCCUACAAAUGUGCAAUAUUGGGAAGUCUGUGAAUCAUUUGCGUACUCAGAAAAACUUGGAAAUCCAGAAGAAAGCAAGAAGUUUAGUUGACACAUGGAAGAAACGUGUUGAGGCUGAAAUGAACAUCAAUGACGCAAAGUCUGGUUCAAAUCAGGCUGUUGCCUGGUCUGCAAGGCCACGUCUUCCAGAAGUUUCCCAUGUUGGGAACAGACACUCGGGUGCAUCCACUGAUGUUGCAAUGAAGAGCUCAGUUACACAGCUUUCUGCAUCCAAAACUGCUUCAGUAAAGGUUAUCCAGGGGGAGAGCACUUCUCGGUCUGCAUCUGCAUCCCCAGGGUCUAUGAAAUCAGUGCCAUCACCUGCACUGGCAACUACUAGUUCAAAAGAUGGCCAGCCUCGACAUGGUGCUGGCAUAGCCUCUGAUCUUCCUUUGGCUACAGUGAAGGAUGAGAAAAGCAGCAGUUCUAGUCAGUCUCACAACAGUCAAUCUUGUUCGAGUGACCAUACUAAAACUGGGGGUGUUUCAGGGAAGGAGGAUGCAAGGAGCCCUAAUCCUGGUUCAGUGGGUGGAAAUAAGAUUUCAGGUGGUUCUUCACGGCAUCGGAAGUCAGUAAAUGGCCUCCCUGGCUCCACUCUAUCUGGAGUUCAAAGGGAAAGUGGAUCAAGCAGGAGUUCCUUGCACAAAAAUCCAACCUCAGAAAAACAGUCACAAGCAGGAUUAUCAUGUGAAAAGGCACUUGAUGGGCCCAUUAUCGAGGGUAAUAGUCAUAAGUUGAUUGUUAAGAUUCCAAAUCGAGUUCGCAGUCCUGCACAAAGUGCCAGUGGAGCAUCAUUUGAAGACCCUUCAAUUGUGAAUAGCAGAGCUUCUUCUCCUGUACUUUCAGAGAAGCAUGAUCCAUUUGAUCGUAGCUUGAAGGAAAAGAGUGAUGCUUUUCGAGCUAAUAUUCCUUCAGAUGUGAAUACUGAGUCAUGGCAAAGCAAUGAUUUCAAAGAUGUACUUACCGGAUCUGAUGAGGGUGAUGGAUCACCUGCUGCCAUUACAGAUGAAGAGCGAUGUCAGACUGGUGAUGACUGUAAAAAAAUUUCAGAAGCUAAAGCUGCUUCCUCAUCAUCAGGAAAUGAACAUAAACCAGGGAAUUCACAGGAGGAUUCUUUGCGCUCCAUAAAUGCUUUGAUUGAAAGUUGCAAGUACUCAGAAGCUAAUGCAUCUAUGCCCAUUGGCGAUGAUGUUGGAAUGAACCUCCUUGCUAGUGUGGCUGCUGGAGAGAUGUCUAAGUCUGAUUUGGCUUCACCCAUGGAUUCUCCGCAAAGAAACACACCUACAGUUGAGCACUCAUGCACGGGUAGUGAUUUGAAAGUCAAAUCAUCCCCUGUAGAUGACCUAGCUCCAAACCAUUGCCAGUCUAGUGAUGGUGCUGAUGUUGAGCAUGAGAAACAGGGUAUAAUUUGCAGUAGUGUUGGGCUUAAAAAUGGAGAAGGUAAUCCUGCUUCUUUUGUGUCUGAAGAGAAUUUUGUAGGGGGGCACAAUGGACAUUUUAAUUCUUCUAGUAUCGACUUGCAGCAAACUGCAGGCCCAUGUGUAGAAAGCAAUGGAGAGUCAACUGAAAUAAUAGUAGCUGCUACAGUGGCUUCCUCCACCGGAGGUGCUAUGGAGAAAACCAUGGAUAUUGAAAGGGGCAAACCUCUUCAAGAUAAAAAGACAGUUGGCGAGGUGAAUGCAAAUGCCAUUCCAGAUGCUAAAGAAAACCCAAGUGAUUCUUUGUUGGACAACGAUAAAGCCAUGCUUGAAGUCCAGAUGGAAGCCGUUGAAGGCUCAUCAUCGUACCCAUCUUUAGAAUUUGAUGCCAAGAGCAAGAACUUUAUGAAUGAAGGGUUGAACAGUGGUGUGAAGACAGAGCAGAAACCUCCUGCUUUGAUGGAUCAUUCUGAGACUGUGAAAGGAAUCAAUGAAGUGCUGCAUCCUUCUGGUGGUGGGAAAGACUUGGUUCCCAAAAAUAUCAUUGAAUUGAAGGCUGAGAAGGAUGAGGAAAGAGAUUCAAGGAGUCAUGUUACUCAGACUGAAGUGCGAAGUAAUGAGCCGGAAGCUAGUGCGUCUACGAGCCCUGAGAAUCAAACUUUAGUUGGGUUGGGUUCAGUCGAUGCUGAUCAUGAUGGUGAGUAUCUGCAGGGGAACUUGGAAACCAAAGAAGGUAAUGAGCAACAUGGUAGACCAGCUUCUCACAAGGUGUCACGUGGAUUCCCUCUGCAGGAAGCAGAACAGCGUGAGAAAUCUAGGGGAUCCAAGUUGACUGGCGCAGAAGCAGAUGAUUCUGAGGAAUGUACAUCAACCACUGCAGAUGCUUCUUCUAUGUCUGCUGCAAGGGUGUCAGAUAUGGAUGCAAAAGUGGAAUUUGAUUUGAAUGAAGGCUUUACUGUUGAUGAUGGAAAACUUGGGGAGACAAGUAACUUGACAGCACCAGGAUGUUCAGCUGCCAUUCAUUUGGUUAGCCCAUUACCUUUUCCUGUUUCUUCUGUGUCCAGUGGUCUUCCUGCUUCGAUUACAGUGGCUGCUCCUGCAAAAGGGCCAUUUGUUCCGCCAGAUGACCUAUUGAAGAGUAAGGGGGGGCUUGGUUGGAAGGGAUCAGCAGCCACCAGUGCCUUUCGGCCAGCUGAACCUCGGAAGGCUCAUGAGAUGCCACAGGGCACUGCAAGCAUUCCUCCUGAUGCUACAGCUGGCAGGCAGAGUCGCCCUCCUUUGGAUAUUGACUUGAAUGUACCUGAUGAAAGAAUUCUUGAGGAUUUUGCUUCUCGAGAUUCUGCUCAGGAGCCAGGUAGUUUAUCUGGCCCAACAAAUAAUCAUGAAAUGGCACAUGAGGAACUGAUGAUUUCUACACCUGUUCGUUGCUCUGGAGGGCUUGAUCUUGAUUUGAACCUUGCCGAUGAUGCUUCUGAUAUGGGCAAUUACUCAACAAGCAAUGGUCGUAGAAUGGAUGUCCCACUUGUGCCAGUCAAAUCAUCAUCAGGUGGCCCUCUUAAUGGUGCAGCAAGUGUCCGCAGAGACUUUGAUUUGAACAAUGGGCCUGUUGUUGACGAGAUGAGUGCUGAACCUUCACCGUUUAGCCAGCUUGCAAGGAGCAGUUUUCCAUCCCAACCUGCUGUUUCUGGCCUUCGUAUGAGCAAUACAGAAAUGGGAAACUUCUCAGCAUGGUUUCCUUCAGGAAGCACUUAUUCGGCAGUUGCUAUUCCGUCAAUUAUGCCUGAUCGAGGGGAGCAGCCUUUCCCGAUUGUUGCAACUGGUGGGCCGCAAAGGUUGUUGGGUCCAACUGGUGGAAGCAACCCAUUCAGUCCUGAUGUCUACAGGGGGUCAGUGUUGGCAUCCUCUCCUGCAGUGUCCUUCCCCUCCAGCCCUUUUCAGUACCCGGUCUUCCCCUUUGGAACCAGCUUUCCACCGCCUUCAGCCACUUUCUCUGGUGGUUCAACAACAUAUGUGGAUUCAUCACCUGCUGCGAAGGUUUGCUUCCCCGCACAGUUUUUGGGACCUGCUGGUGCAGUUUCAUCCCAUUACCCUAGGCCUUAUGUUGUUAGUUUCCCUGAUGGUAGCAAUAACAGUAGUGCUGAGAGCAGUAGGAAAUGGGGAAGGCAGGGUUUUGACCUCAAUGCUGGGCCUGGAGGCCUAGAGGUAGAAGGGAGAGACGAGAGUUCUCCUCUUCCACCAAGGCAACUGUCCGUUGCCAGUUCACAGGCUAUAGGAGACGACCAAGCAAGGAUGUACCAGGUGGCUGGUGGUGCUGUAAAGAGGAAGGAGCCAGAGGGAGGGUGGGAUGGGUUCAAGCAAUCACCGUGGCAGUAGAAGUGAGCAUUGCACAAUCCUAUGACCCAUGAAAGCUUGUAAGUUCCUGAUUCUGUAUUUGCCACUUCUGAUGUGCAAAGUCUAGUCACCAGAGAGAGGGGGAGAGAGGGGAUCUCUCUGUAAUGUUUGUUGGAUUGUGCAAAGGAAUGAGAAAAAUGGGAAAAGGUUUUGGUAAAGCGUAAUUUUUAAAUGACGAGGAAUUUUUUUUUUUUUUUAGUGUUUUCUCCAUGUAUGUAACUCUUUCCUUUCCUCGCUGGCUAAAUAAGAGAAGUAAGAUUUAUUUA